CUUCUCCAGAGUGAUGUACUCAACCUUGCACUGCAACUUUCUCGCGCUUCCUCUUCGCAGCCUCGCUUUCGCCUCAUGUCGUCCAAUUAUCCAAUCUUCUCUAUAUGCUAGUUCAUUCCAGCUCAAAGUCAGACACAGGAAUGUCUUCACCGCAGUUACCAGAGCCCUCUCUACCUCUUGUGUCAGAUGGUCUGACAGGAAGACCGACGACACUAAAGGUUCUGCUGCAAUUCCACCCUUAAGAGAGAACAUAUACACCAUACCAAAUAUGUUGACAGUUUCUCGGAUACUUUCGUGCCCUGUCCUCGGUUGGUCCAUACUGCAUGACGAUUUCUUCCUUGCGACCGGAUUGUUGGUAUAUGCUGGAUUGUCAGACUUAGCCGAUGGAUACCUGGCAAGACGCUUCAACAUGCAUUCAGUUCUCGGGACCAUUCUUGACCCUGCUGCGGACAAAACUCUCAUGACCACCCUCACGGUGACAUUAGCUAUGAAAGGAUUGCUUCCUAUCUCACUGGCCUCAAUAAUCAUCGGGCGCGAUGUGUUGCUGAGUCUUUCUGCCUUUUACAUUCGUUAUACAUCACUCCCCGCACCAAAAACAUUCUCUCGAUAUUGGGACUUUUCUAUACCAUCCGCUGAAGUACGGCCCACCACAAUCAGCAAGUACAAUACCUUUGCUCAACUCGCAUUAAUGUGCGCUACAACUGUCACCCCCAUCCUGCCUGUACAAUAUAACCUGUUUGUACCCGAAAUGCAAAUUUUGGUGGCCGUGACAACGGUUUGGAGUGGGUUGUCCUACGUGUUUUCUAAGGGUGCUGUGCGAAUAGUAUCGGAGACACGCAAGAAGAUUCCACCUUCAUAACACGCAAUUCAGGUUUCCGCACUACCAAGGCCUGGUGCAGGGUGUACAAGAUCUUGAUUUAGGAUACCGAACUAAUGAUACAACA